AUGCAACAUCUCGGACUUCUAAAUGUUGGUCAGAACCAGUUAUCUGGAAAAAUACCGGAUUCACUCUGUAGCCCCCAACAACUAAGAUAUCUUUAUCUUCAGCAUAACAACUUAUCAGGGGAGUUCCCUGUCAGUUUAGAAGGCUGUCAGAAGUUGGAGCUCCUUGACAUCUCUUACCAUAAACUAGGAGGAAGAAUACCUCGUGGAGUCAUUGCGAGCCUUAAAAACCUCCAAUUCUACCUCAAUCUUUCAUCGAAUUCCCUACAAGGGUUCUUACCACAAGAGAUGAGUAAAAUUGUAAUGGCUCAAGCCAUAGACAUCUCUAGAAAUCGACUUACUGGGGUAAUUCCAAAGACUCUAGGAGGCUGCACAGCAUUAGAGCAUUUAAAUCUGUCUCAUAAUGCCUUUGAAGGUCCAAUACCAGAUUCACUGUCCAAAUUACAAAAUCUCCAAGAAAUGGAUCUUUCUGCCAACUUUUUAUCAGGUUCGAUACCAAUGUCUUUUGGAAGACUAAAAGUACUUAACUACAUGAAUGUUUCUUUCAAUAAUUUGUCAGGUCAAAUUCCAGAUGAAGGGCUGUUUCCAAAUAGAACUGUUGUAACAUUGUUUGGUGGAAACAUUGGCCUAUGUGGACCAAGAACCUAUUCAUUGCCUCCAUGCCCAAAGCUGACUCAAGAAAAGCAUUCACUGAUGAAAAAAAUAGUCUUACCAGUUGUUGGAACCAUUGCUCUAAUAUUAGUAUCUUUCAUUAUAGGAAUGCUAUGGAGGCAUAAACUUUCAAGAAAAAUAUUGCAUCCCUCAAACCUUUUCUUUCAAAGGCUCGUCUAUCAAAAAAUUUCUUAUCAAGAUCUUGUCAUUGCAACAUCUGGAUUUGAUGAGUCGAACUUGCUUGGAGUGGGUAACUUUGGAUCAGUCUAUAAAGGUAUUUUGAGGGAUGGUAAAAUAGUUGCCAUCAAGGCUCUUAAUUUAGACAAUGAAGAAUCUCAUAAGAGCUUUAAUACAGAAUGCAGAGUGUUAGGGAGGAUCAGACACCGCAACCUCAUCAGAGUGACAAGUGCAUUCUACUACCCUAGCUUGAAAGGUUUGGUUCUUCAAUAUGCAUCAAAUGGGAGCCUGGAAAAGCAUUUGCACCCUGACAGAGAUGAUCAGGUCUUUUUUAAAUUUGGAUUGAGCGAGUGUUUGAGCAUUGCUUUAGAUGUGGCCCAUGGCAUGGAAUAUUUACAUCAUGAUUGUCCUAUGCAAAUUGUUCACUGUGAUUUGAAACCUAGCAAUGUGCUCCUGGAUGCCAACAUGACAGCCCUUGUGACUGAUUUUGGCAUAUCCCGUUUAAUUGCCACCCCAAAUUCCACAUAUUCACUGAGUACAACAACAUUUGCACUCAAGGGAUCUAUUGGUUAUAUUGCUCCAGAGUAUGGAUUGGGCGGGGGUGUUUCCAUAAAGGGAGAUGUUUACAGUUAUGGAAUUCUGUUAUUAGAGAUGGUUACAAGGAAGAGGCCAAGUGAUGACAUGUUUAUGGGAGACCUGAAUUUGCAAAACUGGGUGAGGUCAUCUUUUCCAGAUAGAGUGGCAGAAAUUAUUGAUAGUAGGUUGCUAAGGGAUGUGAAUGCAAACAUGGAAGAGAAUGGAUUUCUUCUUUCAUUCAUUACUGUUGGUUUUCUAUGCACCAAUGAAUCGCCAAGAGAACGACCCUCAAUGAGAGAUGUAGCUAGGGCCUUGGAGAACCUCAAGAGAUCUUUGACAGGAAACGCAGCUUCUUCCAAUUUAAAAUCUUCUAUAUCAGACCUCCUACGCAAUAUCAAUCCCACUGGAUUAUCAGUAUCAGAUAGUCAAAGUUCUACAUUUUAG